AGCACGAACGCUGAUGACGUAGCACGCAGCUUCUGUGUUUGGCUGUGGUCGAAGCUCGAUAAGGAUCAAGGAAAUCUCUAGCAUCGUUAGAUAAACACCCUGAAAAGGUGUUACACAGCAAACGCGCAACCGUCGCCAUACCAUAAGACUCCAAAAGGCAUCCUUCACACCGCGAGGGGCGACAUGUCUGAGACAUACGAUUUCCUGUUCAAGUUUCUUGUGAUUGGCAGUGCUGGGACGGGAAAAUCCUGUCUUCUCCACCAGUUCAUUGAGAACAAGUUCAAACAGGACUCCAACCACACCAUCGGUGUAGAGUUUGGUUCCAGAGUAAUCAACGUUGGUGGGAAAACGGUCAAACUGCAGAUUUGGGAUACUGCUGGACAGGAGCGAUUUCGCUCAGUGACACGCAGCUACUACAGAGGAGCAGCUGGAGCCCUCCUUGUCUAUGACAUUACAAGCCGAGAGACGUAUAACGCCCUGUCCAACUGGCUGACUGAUGCACGGACGCUCGCUAGCCCCAACAUCGUCAUCAUUCUGUGUGGCAACAAGAAAGACUUGGAUGCAGACAGAGAGGUGACCUUCCUGGAAGCUUCACGCUUCGCUCAGGAAAAUGAACUGAUGUUUCUAGAAACAAGUGCACUGACAGGCGAAAAUGUGGAGGAGGGUUUCCUGAAGUGUGCCCGCACCAUCCUCAACAAGAUAGAUUCAGGAGAGCUGGACCCAGAGAGGAUGGGUUCAGGGAUUCAGUAUGGAGACGCGUCUCUAAGGCAGCUGCGACAGCCGAGAGGCACAACAACACAGAACAAGCAGCAGUGUAACUGCUAGGGGUCAGGCCACGCCUUAACCUGAGCCUGCAGCCCCACGCGGACAGGACGCCCCCUACAGUCCUUCAGUUCAGCUCCAGGUGUUUUGGUGUGUGUGACCAUUCACCCUAUAGUCUCACUCACCUUACAUCACCUGGAUGAGUGAGGUCACAAAGACUCCUACAAGCCCCUGGCCCUCGCUAAGCCUCCUUACCUGAGGGGGCCAUCUUGCCCCUGCAUCUAGGAUGAAGCAUCCCUUCAGUGUGAGCGUGAUGGGGACAUAAGGACGUGAUGUCCUCAUCAGUUGCUUACCAGACAAGGACGAGUCAACGGUGGUCCAUAUGGGCUGCUGUUGGUCAACCUUUUGAUUUUUAUUUCUUUUUUUAUUCAGGUUUUAGAAACUUUGCUUUUUGCACUUGCACAUUUCUGUCUGUAAAUUCCUACUGUCACUGUUUGAAGCACUCUUAUCUAGCGUCUCCUGACAUGACUGAUGAUGAGCCCAAAAUUAAAUGUGAUUGUGGAAACGUUUGUAUUUCGAAACAUGUAUACUUAAAGAAAUUGAAAAUGAUAGAAUCUACCACAUCCUUUAUCCUUUUAAAGUUUUCUUGAACAUUGAACCUGCUAACUAUUGAAUGUAAAGUGAGCCUCAGCUGGAUGUUGUCUCUAAAGGCUGGAAUCUGUAUUUUUAUUUGGUUUGCAUUCAAAGUGUAUAUGUGAAUAUAUAAAGAGUUUUACAAAUUGUGAAUUUAUAGUUAGAAUUCCUAAUGAUUCCACCUUUUCAACACAUUUUGUUUACUCAGUUCACUGUGUAGCUUAAGAAGCACGAAAAUAAUAUUUUUAUUCCAUUUAAAAUCCCAAAGUCCCAAACGUACUUAUUUAUAUAUAAAAUCUCUUUUUUUUUUUGGCCUGCCGCUGCUGGAUUUUCUUUUUCCUCAACCUACUUUUGAAUCACUUUCUACAAACACAUGCAGCACAAGGGAUGAUCCUACAAACGACAGCAGGUUGUGCUUUGUUUUUGUAGAUCCCCCUCUAUUAAGGUUGGCUUUUCCCCAAACGUUGCCGAUUGGAAGGGAUGCACAGGAAGUGAUGACUCUAUCCUUGUAAGUCAUCGUUGCCCUUCAGGUUUGUUUUCUAAACAGGCCUUUAGAGAAGGGGAGAAGAAAAAAGUGUGCGUGUGUGCACACUGAAGGGUAACUAUAAUAUAGAACUGUCCAAAGUAUGUAGAGUCCAUUCGCAGGUAUUUGGGGUUUUCCUCCUCUGAAAGUGCACUUUUAUUUUCAAAAUGUCAUGUAUGUUUUGUUUAUAUACUGUAUCAAAAGAAUUGUACAUUUUAUUUUAAAAGUCUAAGUAAUAAAGAUUUUGAUUGUA